CCUCUUCUUUCUUCCUCUUCUUCCUCGGCAGGCCAUUGAACCCAGUUUGCUGGGUUCGACGGAACCCCGCCUGGGUUCCAGCGAACCUAGCAGAUCUGGGUUCGACAAAACCCAUUUGCUGGGUUCCGUCGAACCCAGAACCCAGCUCCACUUUUUUUUUUUUUUUGUUUAUAUGAUUGUUUGCGAGAUUAUCCAAAUUGCAGGUGGUGCUUCUAGCCGGCAGCACUUCGAAGAAUCUCGCUCCUCUCGUCUCCAAGGAGGUUCCCAAAGCGCUGCUUCCGGUGGCGAACCGUCCCGUUAUCUCUUACAUUUUGGACCAUCUGGAGCAAAAUCCCUCAAGGAUCUGAUUGUUGUGGUAGAGGGCAAAGAUGCGGCACUCCAUGUUGGUGGUUGGAUAUCUGGGGCUUUUUUUGAUCGUCUACAUGUUGAGGUUGCUGCAGUCCCUGAGGAUGUGGGAACAGCUGGUGCAAUUAGGGCCAUUGCACACCACCUGACUGCGGAGGACAUUUGGGUUUUAAGUGGUGAUCUUGUUUCUGAUGUGCCUCCUGGUGCAGUUGUGGCUUAGACAUCGUGGUGCAGCGGUGACUGUGGUGCUUUGCUCUGCUCCUGUGAGUGGAGCUUUGGAAUCAGGAUCUGGUGGUGGAAAGGAUAAAAUCAAGAAACCUGGACGAUAUGA